AUGGCUGAUGCCCUUGGUCAUCGCUUAGAGAAAUUAAUUAAACUCUUUGAGACAAUUGUCCUCUCAGAUGAAGAAGAAGCAGAUUCCGUGAUAACGAUGAAAGAAUCUUUUGAUGAUCUCAUGAUUUACCUAAGAGACAUGAUGGCAGGGUAUGAAAACGAGCAAGUGCUGGCGUUACUGAAACAAAUGGAAGACUUGGUGGCUAGUAAUCUUUGGCAUGAGUAUAGGAUGAUAGUUACUUGUGAACAACUCUGUAACAUCAGAUAUAGCCCAAGUGUAGAAGAAGAAAAGGUCGUGGUCGGUUUUGAUAAUGAAAUAGAAGCACUACUUGAUCAACUUACUGGAACUUGUUCCACAAAGCAGUUUCAAAUUAUCUCAAUUACAGGAAUGGCUGGGCUUGGAAAGACGACUUUGGUUAAAACACUAUACAACCAUGAGUUAGUUCAGUAUAUAUUCGACUUUCGAUCAUGGACUUGUGUUUCUCAAGUAUAUCAAAAGAAGGAUUUGUUACUCAGCAUAUUAAGCUCUUUUAUUGAUGAUCUUACAUAUGAAUUUUAUGAAAUGUCCGACCACCAGUUGGGGGAAAAGUUAUACAGAAAACUGAAGGGUUGUAGAUAUUUGGUGGUCUUGGAUGAUAUAUGGGAUUGUAGGGUCUGGAACGAUCUUAAAAUGUAUUUUCCAGAUGACAAAACCGGAAGCCGUGUUCUAUUUACUAGCCGUGACAUAGACCUGAGUUUACAUGUACAGUCAGCAAGACCUGCUCAUGUUUUGCGUCUUCGUAAUGAAGAUGAAAGUUGGGCCAUAUUUGAGAAGAAGGUGUUUAGAAUGGGAAUAUGCCCUAAUGGAUUGGGGAAAUAUGGAAGGAUGAUAAAUGAAAAAUGUAAAGGUUUGCCUCUUGCAAUCGUUAUAGCAGCUGGUCUGGUGAAAAAUAAUCUUUCCAUCACCUGGUGGGAGAAAAUUUCUACAAGUCUACAUUCAUUCAUGGUUAGUGAUCCAAGACAAUACAUAGACUCCCUGGAUUUAAGCUACAACCAUUUGCCGCCUCACUUAAGACCUUGUUUUCUCUUUUUGGGAGCGUUUCCUGAGGACUAUGAAGUCCCUGUCACAAAGCUGAUUUGGCUAUGGAUUGCUCAAGGAUUGGUACAUGAAACCGGAAGCAGAAUGUUGGAGGAUGUUGCUGAGGAGUGCUUGAUGGAUUUGAUCAAGAGAAGCCUGCUGAUGACGUCCAGAAUAAAGUCUGACAACCAAGUUAAAACAUGCCGCAUCCAUGACUUAUUGCGUGAUUUUUGCUUGAGAAAAGCCGAGGAAGAAAAUUUUUUGUCAAACAAUUAUAAGUACGGCAUGCUCUCAUCAAUACCUUGCUUUCCAUCGGAGCUGGGAAAAUCUCUUCAAGAGGGUGGAUCAAUUCAUGUUGACUCAUACAAAUUCCUUAAGAUUUUAGAUCUGGAGUCUAUUGUUUUCUCCUUAUUCCCUUUAGAAGCAGUACAAAUAGCUAAUCUGAGAUACCUGGCCAUUCAAGCACAAGAUGGAAGUCCCCAUGCAUCAAUUUCAGACCUUUUAAACCUACAAAUGCUCAUAAUAUCCUCAAGGAAGAAUAUAGUUGUACCAAAAACCAUAUGGAAUAUGCUAAAUCUAAGGCAUCUAUAUAUCAAAUCUGGUGAGAAUAUUAUAGAGGGCGCUAGUUUUCUACAAGGGACAGGGAAUGAUGGACCCGGUGUUUUGGCUAGCUUUCAAACCUUGUCACAAGUAAGUCCUCGAUCUUGCCACGUUAUAUUUUCAAGGACACCUAAUGUUAGGAAGCUUGGCUUUUGUGGACCCUUAAUAUCAAGCCUAGGCGAUUUAGAAUUUCCGAAUUUAGGCUCUUUGGUGCACCUUCAAAAAUUGAAGUUACUUAAUACAUUUCCAUACACUGAAGCAACGAGAUCGUGCAAUCCUGUUCUAUUUCCUGAAAAUCUGAAGAAAUUGACAUUAUCAAACACUGGCAUGGACUGGGAAGAGAUGUGGACUUUCUCUUUGCUACCUAACCUUGAGAUUUUAAAAUUAAAGUUUCAUGCAUGCAUUGGAGAAAGAUGGGAGACAGGGGAUGCAGAGUUUCGGCAACUCAAGGUCUUGAAAUUGCAUGAUCUGGACAUAAAGCAAUGGACUUGUUUGAGGGAUAAUUUCCCAAGGCUGCAACGUUUGGUGGUUCAUCGUUGCGUAAAACUCAAAAGCAUCCCAACGGGUCUUGGGAGGAUUUUUACGUUGGAGGUGAUCGAGGUAAAUGGAUGCAGCCUCUCUGCAUAUGCGUCUGCAGUGGAAAUUCAGAAAGAGCAAGAAAGUGAAGGUGACAGUUUCUUGAAAGUCCAUGGGAAAGAAAAUUUUUAA